GCCGCCAUGGCGACUGGCGAGAGGGUGGCGGCGCCGUCUCUGUGGCCCAUAGAGGCCCGCUUGGCGGCGCUGCUUCCCGACCUGCUGGUCUUCAGGAAGCCCCAGGGAUCGGACCCAGAGCUCGUCACGGCCCAGGGCGUCCUCCUUGGCGUCCACGUGACGGGGUUUACAGCAUUAAUGGACAGGUUCAGCCUGACCUGCAAGUCGGAACGAGACAUGGACAAACUGGCCCACAUCUUCAGUUAUUACAUUAGUGACAUCGUGGAGCAUGUGCUCUGUUUUGGAGGGGAUAUCCUAAAUAUCACAGGGAAUGUACUCCUGGCACUCUGGACAGUGGAACAGAAUCAACUGAGUGACAUCAUUACUCUGGUGGCAAAAUGUAGUCUGGAGAUACAGGAGAAAUUUGGGAUCUACCAUACCAGAGAAGGCCAGGACCUGCAGCUAAAGAUAGGUUUGUCUGCAGGUCGGAUUUCCCAGUUUAUUGUUGGAGAUGAGCAGCGACAGUACCUCUUGGUGAUUGGGCGGGAUGUAGACGAUGUCCAGUUAGCUCACCGUUUGGCUCAAGCAAAUGAGAUUGUCUUGUCCUGGAACUGCUGGAAGCUCUGUGAGCAGUACAUGUUUGAAGUGGAAAUCAUGAGGGAGGAUGAAGCUGUAAAGUUAAGAGACAUGCGGAUCAUAGACCCAUUUGAUUUUGAUGAGCAUUUUGACAAGUGCCUUGAUUAUCUGCCACAUUACCGGACAAGUGCUGACACUCUAAGAGCUGCCCUGGACUUGGAUCCAGACUCUGCACUUGAACAAACCUUGCGGAAGCACAUCAUGAAAAACCUUUUGAAGAAGAUUGAUGAAGGCCAACCUAUGGAGUAUAUAUCUGAAUUCCGUACCGUGACUAUGGUUUUGGUCAGCCUAGAGUUCCACAAGACAGCAUGGAUGUUGCAUUUGUGUCAUCUUAUCCAGGAGGCUGCUUUAUAUAUCUCCACAGUCAUAGAGAAAGGAGGGGGCGAGCUGAGCCGGAUCUUUAUGUUUGAGAAAGGCUGCAUGUUUCUCUGUGUUUUUGGCCUUCCUGGGGAUAAGAAGCCAGAUGAGUGUGCACAUGCCCUAGAGAGCUCCUCCAGCAUCUUCAGCUUCUGCUGGGAGAAUCUUGCUGACACCAAGCUUGUUUCCAUCAGUGUCACCAGUGGACCAGUAUUCUGUGGCAUGGUUGGGGCAAUAGCAAGACACGAAUAUACAGUUGUUGGCCCAAAAGUGAGCCUUGUGGCCAGAAUGAUAACUGCUUAUCCAGGUUUGGUGUCCUGUGAUGAGGUAACAUAUCUUAGAUCCAUGAUACCUGCUUACAACUUCAAGAAACUCCCAGAGAAAAUGAUGAAAAACAUCUCCAACCCAGGGAAGAUGUAUGAGUACCUUGGCCAUAGAAGAUGUAUAAUGUUUGGGAAGAGACAUUUGGCCAGAGAGAGAAAUAAGAAUCACCCUUUGUUAGACCGGGAGAAAGAACUGGAAGCCUUCCAAAUAGCCCAGCAGGGAUGUUUGCACGAGAAGAAGGGACAAGCAGUUCUGUAUAAAGGUGGAAAAGGCUAUGGAAAAAGUCAGCUGUUGGCUGAAAUAAACUUCCUGGCCCAGAAGGAAGGGCACAGGGUGUUGCCAUUGAAGCUGAAGGAAGCAGAUUCCACGCAGUGCUUCUAUGCCAUCCAGACCCUCAUGGCCAUCUUCUUUGAGAUUGAUAUAUGCCCAGCCUAUUACCGGCAAGAGUGCCUACACAAACAGCUCCGUGAGAUGGUGGAGGAACGGCUUCACUGCCUUUUUAAUGACCUCUUCUUUGUGAAGUUUCCCUUAUCCUUCAGAGUUUCGCACAUGGAUGACCUGGCCAGACAAAAGAAGGUUAAAGCAUGUAUCUUUCAAGUGCUUCAGAAGGCAGUGAGGGAAACACCACUGAUCUUCCUCAUUGAUGAGGCCCAGUAUAUGGAUGCACCUUCCUGGGAGUUUUUAGGAACAUUUCUCUCCAGCAUUCCCAUCAUCAUGGUGAUGACACUGACCCCUACCUUCACCCUGUGUGGCUGGGCCCAGCACUUCCUACAGAGCCCUCAGGCUGUCCUUGUGCCCAUUUCGAAGUUGGCAGCGACCUCACUGUUGAGAAUGGCAUGUUGGGAACUGGGUGUGGUGAGCAUCCCCCAAGAGCUGCAGAUCUACCUUCUCCGCAGGUGCUUUGGAAACCCCCUGUACUGUGAGGUCCUUUGCCAGGACCUUCUCUCUAAGGAUAUAUUGCUCUUUCAUGACCUACAAAAGGAGGAGGAGGAGAACAGCAAGUGGGAGACCCUCUCAGCUAAUGCCAUGAAGUCCACAAUGUACAGUAUUUCUCCUGCCAGCUCUGAAGAAGACCAGGAACUUUAUGUCUGCACAGUCAAGGAUGAUGUGAACUUGGAUACAGUGCUUCUCCCACCGUUGUUAAAAGGCAGGUCCCUUAAAGACCUCAAAUUUUCCUGUAUUUCAGAUGCUGGCUUUCCUCUCAGGCUACAAGAGGAACUCUCCCUACCUCAGACUGAGUUGCUAGAGUUUGGAGUGCCUCUAUUACGGGAAGCAGCUUGGGAACUGUGGCCCAAAGCACAACAGAUAGCCCUGCACCUUGAAUGUGCCUGCUUUCUCCAAGAUUUGGCCUGCCGCUGCGGGAGCUGUCGUGGGGGGGACUUUGUCUCCUUCCACCGUUUCGCCAUCUGUCCUACUAAGACGUCCAGCAGGACCUCCCAGUUCUGUAGUUACAAAGAUACCGGCUCAGUACUAACACAAGUGAUCACAGACAAAUUGCAGCUGCCUUCUCCCCAAGAUAGUUUUCAGUUCCAGACAAAACCAUCCAGAAGUCAACCAUCCAGAAAUCAGGAGGCCUUCGCAAGUGAACACUGCAGAACUGAGGAAGAGUUCCUGGAUCAAGUGAACAGGAAGCUGGCUCAGAGCAGCCCUGAGAAAGACAUGUUGACCGCGAAGCCCUGUCACUGUGAGGAAAUCCUGAAGUUGGUGCUGUCACCCCUCACCCAGCACUGCCUGAUCAUCGGAGAAACCACUUGUGCAUUUUAUUACCUGCUGGAGGCUGCGGCUGCCGCCUUGGACCUGUCAGAUAAUUACAUGGCCUUCUUUUAUCUGAGGAAGGCAAGCAGUCUUCUGGGCCAACGCUCAGCAUUCUCGUUUUGGAAAAAGCACAAGGUGAAGAUCUGUCAGUUUGAGGAGGCCACUUUCUGCCAUCUUCGGUCAGAGGUCUGUUUCAACAUGGGACAGAUCACCUUGGCCGAAAAAUUGGCUAGGCAAGCCCUUCGACUGCUGAAAAGGAAUUUCCCUUGGACCUGGUUUGGUGUCCUUUUCCAAACAUUCCUGGAAAAAUAUUGGCGUUCCUGUUCCCUAAGCCAACCUCCAAACAACCCUAGUGAGAAUAAGAAAAAGUUGGCAGUCCUGCAGCAGCGGGUGCACUGCCUCUCUCUGCUCUGGCAGCUCUAUAACCUGGAGGCCACAGCCAGCAGCCGCAGGUUUGCCUGCCUGGCUGCUCUUAUGCAGAAGAAUUCAGCUAAGGAGUUUGCAAAUGAAGCCCAGGUUGUCUCUACCUACGUGGCCCUCUCCCAAUUCUCCCAGAACGUGGGUGACAGGGAGAAGUGGCUGCACUGUGAGCAGAUGGCCAUUCGGAAAAGCAGCCUGUGUUGGUUCUCCAGGGAGGGAUUGUUGGCCACAGCCCAGCUCGUGCAGGCCUUGUCCUACACCAAGCUCUGCCUCGGCCACCUUGACUUCUCCAUCAAGCUGGGUUUUCAAGCUCAUGAGAUAUGCAGACACCUCAAGAAACCAGCUCUGCAGAAUCUGGUUCUCUCAGUUCUCUUCAGAUCUGCAUUUCUAAAGAAGAAAUUUGAUCUGUGUAUCCAUGUGCUGGAGAGUCAGUGGGCGCUCAUUUCCCAGGGUCAUGAUGUCCUUGGCCUGGCCUGCUUCUACUCUGCUUGCUUAGAUCUGCUGCUCUAUGGAAGAGGAUUGCUGUGUCGGCCCUUUGAGGAGUGUCUGCAUUUCAUUCAACGCUAUGAGGACAGCUGCAUUCUUACCUCUCAGAGCAAUGUCAUGCUGGGGAUCCACUCCUCUCUGGCCAUGUGGUUUGCCCAGGACUCACAGUGGAACCUGUUUGAGCACCACUUCUCCAAGGCUCGCCAGUUGGUGAAAAGAACCAAUGCCUCACUAUUUGGUUCACACGGCUUUGUUCGAUUCCUAGAGUGUCAUGUGCUAAUGUUACAGAAAAUGCCAGAGGGUGUCUUCGUGCAUAUUCCCCCAGAGGCUCACAGCCAAACCCUCAAGUACUUUAAGGAGUUCUUCACUCGAUGUGUGACCUGCCCUGUCUAUCACCAGUGGGUCUCUGAGCUUAAAGCCUCUGUGAUGAGAUAUGGAAAGAGAGAAUCCAUGUCCUUGACUAACAUCAUCAGACCUUUUGACACUUGCUUGACCAGGAUUUGGAUGGAGGGAGACUGCCCAGAGGAAAACAACUCCUUUGAAGGAAAUUUAGGAAUUCAGAGAUUUGACAGAGUGGCUGAUGUCAAGGACAAUAAGGAUGAAGAAGAAAUUCAAGAAUGUAUAUGUUAAAACAACAGCAAAAAAAUCAUCUGCAGGGACCAUGAUUCUCUUAUUGUAUACAACACAAAGAAAUCCCCCAAGUUCUCCUUUUUAAGAUACCGUAUAGUGUACAUAUUAAAUAUACUAGCCUUUUACAGUCACCACAAUCUAUAUCUUUGUCAAAAUAAAAGCCUAUGUUUCUGAA